AUGCGCACCCACGACGACUUCAUGCGCGAUGUCGACACAACGGCCAACCCGCUCCAUAACGACACAGCCGAAGAAGAUACGCGUCGCAAAAAAACCCGCAUCGUUCAUCCCUCUACACAAAUUUGCCGUGAUUGGAUGAUCGUUUCCGGGAACGUGCACUACGCACGCGACAAGGCCUCUUUCGUUCCCUCAUCCUACACGCCGAUCUCAGCAAUGUUAAAAUCCAACAUCUUCAGCCCCCACGACGAGAUGCUCGUCGCGGGUAUAGGAGAUGUCCAUCUCACAGUCCCUCGGGGGAUCAACGACCCCAAUGUCCAUACUCUGGUUCUUGAGAAUGUCCUGCAUAUACCCGAGGCGCUGUGUAAUGGCUUCAACCCAUUAUUAAUCGGAAGUAGCAUGAGUUGCCAUGCAGAGUACUGGGAGGGGUGUGAUAGAUGGGGAAAUGGAAUGUGGUAUGGGACCCGGUUUUGCGGGGUCGGCAGAUUAGUGCUUGCCCCUGGGGAUGGGCAAGCCGAAUCGGAUUUGAUUGAGGGACGAGAGUAUACGUUGAGUUUAUAUGUCAGUCCGGAAGAGAAGAGAAUGAUUAUAGAGCAGGCGCAACGGUUACGGUCGCAGGAACAGACGAAUGGACAAGCCCUUGGCAUGGACGGGAUGCAGAUGAUUGGAAGCCAGAUUUGA